AUGUUUUAUUCAGAUACCCUGCUCCGGACCACGGGGCCACUGUCGCGGGUAUGGUUGGCGGCAAACAUGGAGCGCAAGCUCUCCAAAGCCCACAUCCUGCAGUCAAAUUUGCGGCACAGCGUUGAACAGAUCAUUCAACCCAGCGAAGAAGCCCCACUAGCUCUGCGAUUGAGUGGUCAAUUGCUCCUCGGUGUCGUGAGAAUCUACAGCCGGAAAGCGCGUUACUUGCUGGAAGACUGCAACGAAGCUUUGAUGAAGAUAAAAAUGGCCUUCCGGUCGUCUGGCAACAAUGACUUGCCGACUAAUCUGCAUCUACCCAACCGCGAAUCGCUCAUGCUUCAAGAUCGCAUCACGCCGCAUGAUAACCUUGAUGAUCUUCCGCCAGAGCCAACGAUCAACUUCGACGAUUUCACGACUUCGCAACAGCUUGGACGCAAGGGCAGAGUUAGCAACCGCGAGAUUAACCUACAGGAAGACUUCAACAACAGCCAGUUCCUCCAGGAUGAGUCACGGACUGAGCUCAACCUAAAGGUAGCUGACAUGGAGGAGGACCUGGAGUUGGACUUUGGCUUGGACUUGGACAUGGAUGAAACCGUGGUGGAAACUGGACGUGAUGCGCCAGCUGCCAGGGACGUGGAGGACGAUAUGAUCAGCGAGCUCGGUCCUUCCAAGGAACGAGACACGUCUUUAGGUCUUGAAUUCGGCGAUGAGGAGCAAGUCCGCAUCGCUGAUGUGGAAGGCGACAUUCCCAUGUUUGACGACGACAUGGACUUCAACAUUGGCGACGCGUCAGCCAUGCCUCAGGGGCUGAUAGAUGUUGCUCCCGAACGCGCUCGCAUCUCAGAAUCACCCCUAUCUGACAUUGACCCAGCAUUCGCGAACGAGAUGGAGAUGGAGUUCUCGCGCACCAUGAACGGGGACAUGUACGAACCGGGCGACGACACAGAAAAGACCAUCACAAUGAAGGCGCCGCAGCGGGCAAAGAAGCGACGUGCUAUUGUGCCGGACACUGACACCAUGCUGACAAGCAACCAUAUCCGAGACCAGCAAGCCCACCAUGAUAACAUCCUGAAGCCGCAGACGUUUGUCCCCAAUGAGCCUUACCUUCUCACCCUAUUGGACAUGCAAAAGAGUGGUGGCUUCGUUUCAAACGUCAUUCUGGAGUCGAGGAGUGAAGAAUGGGCUCCUGAGCUAAAAGGAUUGUUGUCGCUGGAGUCUAUCCGCCCCAUCAAUGAUCUUAAGCGCAAGCGGGAUAGUGGAGUUGCUGAUAUCGAAAGUGGGGACGACCAAGGACAGUCCAAGUCGCCUCGUCUCGAGCUUGGUGACGACGAGGAGCAGCUCAACGUUGGCGGCGACGACUCUGCGGACCAGACUGCCAGACCGGAAGGAACUGUUCUUGAGAUACCCGCAGACGAAGGCUCCGAGCAGCACGAUGACACUGGAUACGAAAAUGUGACUGCGAUGCCCGCGUUUGACGACACGGUAGCACCGCAGACUCUCCCUGCCGACAGCGGACCAAUUUCUAUCGGCACCAAGCAUGCCGUCCACAUUUUGCGUGAUCUCUUCGGACCGGAGGCCGCUACGGAUGCGGAGAAACGCAAGAACACGUCUGUCGUCUUCCAGGAGCUUCUCCCAGAAAGCAGGACGACAAAGGCAGAUGCGACCAAGAUGUUUUUCGAGUGCCUUGUUCUGGCCACCAAGGAUGCCAUCAAAGUCGAGCAGCCCGAGGGAGUGCUUGGUGGACCCAUUCGCAUACGUGGCAAGAGGGGACUCUGGGGAGCUUGGGCCGAGAGAGAGGCUGGUGGCGAGAUGGCCUCGCAAGUCGACGAGCCCGAGCCAGCAGCCACGAGCGCUCCCGCUGUAUCAGUCGAGGCAUAA